UGUUUCUCGUUUCCAUUAUCUUCCACUGCGGAGUAGCCGGCGACGCCUUCAUCGGCGAAGAAGAGCCUCCGAUUACUUCGUCUACAAUUUCUUCCUCCUCUCUGCUCAAACAGAUUAUCUCCUGUCUCUUGCUUUGUCGGCCUUUUCUCCUGUUCGAUUCGAGAUCGAUUUGGAUCAAUUUCUCGGAAUGAAUCUAUCCCCGUUCAAGAGAGAUAUCGAUGAGCUCAUACACGAGUUUGUGGAGGGUAAUUUGAGUACGUUUGAUGAUAUGAAGAGGGUGUGGCUUUCUCGAAAGUUUUCUUACAUUUAUGAAGCCAGUCCUCGAACCAACUUAGCCUUUUUCAUGCAGUCUCUAUAUGCCUUUGCCAUUGGUCAUAUAGUUAGUACCGAUUCUUUGUCACGAAGACUUGGAGGGCUAUAUUGUCUAUAUUGUCUCCAUGAGAUCCAACCUUUCAAACUUAAGUUCAGAAUCUAUAUCUCACUUCAAGAGCUUGGGAAGCUCAGAGAUCUUUUAAAAGAGGCUAAGGAAAUGGGUGUGGAGGUAGCUGCUGUCGUGGCUAAACAAAUGUUUGAGAGAAACAUGUUUAUUUUUGGAUCUGUGGAUUUGAAGGAAGCAUCAGCAGCCGAGAAAAUUAAUGAAACAACAGAGCUACAGAACCGCUUUAUGCGAGUUGCUUAUGAGAAGAUAUUUGCCAACUCCCCGAUCGAGAAAUUUCUUCACCUGGACAUGGGUAAGGAGGUUGAUCUGGAUGCCAUAAGCAAGAUGUCCAAGGAAUACGCAGAGACCAAGAAGCAUGCUAUCGAAGUGGCAAGCAAAGUAGGGGAGGUGGAGGGGAUAAAGCACAUAUCGGAAGAGAAAGAGCUGAUGGGAGAAAGACUGGGAAAACUGAGAGAGGAAUUGGAUGAACGGAGACACUCUCUCUAUCGGCGGGCGAACAUCAACUCUCUGGCUCUCGCGCAAACACAAGGCGACCAACAUUCCGUACAGGAAAAUGUUAUUAAAGAUGAUGAUGGGUUUGAUGAAAUCGAGCAAUUACUCCUCCAAAACUAAUUAAUUAAUUAAUUAAUUAAUUGCCUGGUGGGAGAAAUAAUGUGAAUAUAUGUAUAUAUAUAUAUAUAUAUAUCUCCCAAUUUUGUUCUGUACAUGAGAGUCCAGAUCUUUCAAAAUGGAUCAAAACGUAUGUAUUUAGGGGUAUUCCGUGUUUGAGUAACGAAUCCAAUAUCUGGAUUUACAAAUCUUAUGAAAUUGAUAUUUUUAUCCA